UUUGCGCACGCAAGCUCGACUAAUUCCCCGGACGUGACUUCAGCCCUCAGCCCAGUCGGGCUGUGUUGCCGAGCCACUCGCCGAGCCCGCUCCCGACGUCACCAAUCACGGGCGAGACAGGCCGCCCCAGGUGACCUCGGAAGCCAGCGCAGGAGGAGACGGGCAGCGUAUCUGAGGUGCAACUUCGAUUGUUGAACGAUUGCAAGGCGACCAAGACAGACGCCAAAGAGCACCAACGAGCUUGCUACCUAUCCUCCUGUCCGCCCACCUUCACAAGCUUUCUUGUCACCUCAAUCUGCUGCCUGCCGGAUCGAAAACUCGAGUCGCCCCAUGCUCAAGAACACCCUGGUCUUGGGCCACUUCUCAUCAACAGUAUCAGCAUCAGUAUCACUCUUGUCCGUGUCACGACGCUGCCUUCUCAUCUCGUGUCGUCGGGGCAUUUCCACAACACCGGUCAACAUGGCGCCUCCCAAGCCUGCUCAGGACUUCCUGGACUUCGUGAACGCCUCCCCAACUCCCUAUCACGCUGUCGCUUCUUCCGUGAAACUCCUCGAAGCCGCCGGCUUCAAGGGAAUCAAGGAGAGGGACAACUGGUCCUCCGAUCUGCAGCCCGGCGGCAAGUACUAUCUCACACGCAAUGGUUCCUCCAUUGUCGCCUUCGCCAUCGGCAAGAAAUGGGCUCCUGGGAGUUCAAUCGCAAUGAUUGGCGCCCACACUGACUCUCCAUGCCUGCGUAUCAAGCCGGUGUCCAAGAAGACCAACGCCGGCUUCUUGCAAGUUGGCGUCGAGACCUAUGGCGGGGGUAUCUGGCACUCCUGGUUCGACCGUGACCUGUCAGUGGCAGGACGUGUCCUGGUCAAGGACUCGGGCGGAAACUUUGUGCAGAAGCUCAUCAAGGUCGACAAACCCAUUCUACGCAUCCCUACCCUGGCCAUCCACCUCGACAGGUCUGCCAACUUUGAUCCAAACAAGGAGACCGAGCUAUUUCCCAUCUGUGGUCUUGCGGCUGCCGAGCUGAACCGGACCGGAGCAAGCGGGAAGGAGGCAAAGAAAGAGGAGCCCUCCGAGGCUGAUGGCGACGGCGAGUUUCAGCCCCUGAAGGCGAUGACCCAGAGACAUCACCCAUAUCUCCUAGAGAUCAUCGCACAGCAUGCUGGCGUUGAGACAGAUGGCGUUAUAGACUUCGAACUAGUGCUGUACGACACUCAGAAGUCCUGCUUCGGAGGCCUGAACGACGAGUUCAUCUUCUCUCCGCGGCUCGACAACCUCGGAAUGACGUACUGCUCCGUGGCAGGUCUUAUAGAGUCGGUCAAGUCGGAGGGCGCUCUGGAUCACGAGUCGUCCAUCCGCUUGAUCACUUGUUUUGAUCACGAGGAAAUCGGUUCCACCUCCGCUCAUGGAGCCAACUCGAACCUUUUACCCGCUGUGCUUCGGCGCUUGUCAGUCCUGCCCAGGGGCCACUUUUCCGAGUCCGGCUCUGAGAAAUCCUAUGAGCAUGUUAACCCAGACGAUAUUGCGACGGCUUUUGAACAGACGCUUUCCACUUCUUUCUUCGUCUCUGCAGACAUGGCACACUCAGUGAACCCGAACUAUCAGCACAAAUAUGAGUCGAACCACCAGCCUGAGAUGAACAAGGGCACGGUCAUCAAGAUAAACGCGAAUCAACGAUACGCGACGAACUCUCCUGGCAUUGUCCUCCUGCAGGAAGUUGCGAAGAAGGCAGGCGUGCCUCUCCAGCUCUUCGUGGUGCGGAAUGACAGCUCAUGCGGCAGCACCAUUGGACCAAUGCUUUCGGCAAAGAUGGGUGUGCGCACCCUUGAUCUCGGCAACCCGCAGCUUUCCAUGCACUCAAUCCGCGAGACUGGCGGUACCUAUGACGUAGAGCACGGGAUCAAGUUGUUCGAGUCAUUCUUGUCCAACUACACCGCUCUCGAGUCCAAGAUCCUCGUUGAUUAGAGGGAAAACGAGGCAAUGCGAGCGGUAUGCCGUUUGGCAGAACGUCUCUAAAGCCAGCGCUGCAGUUGCCCUUAUGCAAGUGGCACCCUGCUACUAGCCACGAGGCCGAGUGUGGUCAGCCAGAGAAGAGGAUCCUGGUUAAGUAACUUACUCUGGCUUUGUACAGUUUCAUGUGGGAUCGGAGACAUACUGCCGCGCGCAGGACCACAGUGUGGACUCCAGCACUUAUGGAGCUCAUGUACCUACGACGGCAACGCAAGGGACAAGCACUCAAGCCUGGAACCGAACAGGUUCAUGUGAAUACAUAUAGCAAUUUCCCUGUCUAUUCCAACCGCAUUCAACACAAUAUCCAUCUCUUCUCGCACAAA